AAAAAACGUAUUUUUUUUGGUAACAAUGGAUUCCGUUGAUGAACUAUCCGACGAACAAACCGAAAAGGUUCUUCAAUUCCAAGAUAUUACCGGAAUUGAUGACAUGUAUGUUUGUCGUGAUAUCCUAAUUAGACAUCAAUGGGAUUUGGAAGUUGCAUUCCAAGAACAAAUGAACAUCCGCGAAGGUCGACCGUCCAUGUAUGCCGCAUCGACAGAAUUGCGCGCUCCCAAUGUUGUCAAUGAUCGCUUCCUGCAGCAAGUUUUCUCGGCAAGUAUGCCGGGCGGACGGACUGGCAGUGGACCGCCAAUGCCUGGCAGUUUCACGGGGAUUCUUGGAUACGUGAUAAAUUUUGUGUUCCAAUAUUGUUAUUCGACGCUGUCGUCAAUUGUUAGCACAUUGCUCAGUUUGAUGCGGACUGAUGAGAGGAUUGUCACCGAUCCACUGGGAGAUGUUAUGAAAUUUAUCCAAACAUACAACGAAAAGUAUCCCAGACAUCCGGUCUUCUAUCAGGGCACCUAUGCCCAAGCUUUGAACGAUGCCAAGAAUGAACUGCGAUUCCUGUUGGUCUAUCUACAUAAAGAUGUACCAAAAAGCACCGAUGUGCAAUCAUUUUGCAGCCAAACGCUGGCCGAUCAGAGCGUCAUCGAUUAUAUUAAUCGCAAUGUUCUACUUUGGGGUUGCGAUGUCGCUACUCCCGAAGGUUAUCGAGUCUCACACUCGGUUCAUGCACGAAUCUAUCCAAUGAUGGUGUUGAUUGGUCUUCGAAAUCAUAAAAUGAUUAUUAUGGGUCGUUUCGAGGGCGAUUGUACACCCGAAGAGCUUGUGAGGCGAUUACAAACGGUUAUCUCUGCAAAUGAGGUAUGGCUAAGCCAGGCUCGUGCUGACCGUUUGGAACGAAGCUUCACACAAUCUUUGCGUCAGCAACAAGAUGAAGCCUACGAGCAGAGUUUAAGGGCAGACGAGGAGAAGGAACGAAGGCGACAAGAGCAAUUAGAAGAAGUUCGAAAAGCACAAGAGGCUGAAGAAAAUGAACGCAAAGCAGAAGAACGAAGAAAGGAGGAAAUAGCGCAGCUAAAAAUCGACCUAGCCGAUCGUGUGCCUUCUGAACCCCCACCAGAUUCACCAAAUGCCGUCAGCGUUGUCUUCAAGCUACCAAACGGAGCACGCAUUGAACGUCGAUUCCUAAGCACUGACUCAUUACAGGAUGUCUACAACUAUCUAUUUUGUCAUCCAUCGUCACCUGAUGAAUUUGAAAUAACUACGAAUUUCCCUAAGCGUGUUCUCUAUGCCAGAGACCGAGCGGAAGAUACAAAAACUCUCAGCGAAGUUGGCCUCAAAAACCGCGAAGUUCUUUUUGUCAAUGAUCUGGAUGCGUAAAACGGGCUAAGUGCAACUAAUCUAGUUUCAAACAACAACGUACCAUCCUUCUAAUAUUGAUUCCUAUUGGAGUAUUUUUUUUAAGUUUUCUUACUUUUCCUCUAAUAUUUACUUGCACUCGCUUUAUCCUCUCUCAAAGAGAUACAAAAAGUAUAGCAAUGUGAGGUUAUAUUGUUGGUUGUGAUUUUAUUUUGUUGAAAAGUUGUAAAAAAAUAAAAGAAAAGAAAUCACAAUUAUCAAUUAAACCUGAUCGUAGAAUUUUACUUUAAUUUUUUUUGUAAAUUUUUAAAUUUCUAUUAAUUUCUUGAUUUAUUACCUAAUUAUUUUUUUUUUUCUUUAACAUAAAGCAUUUUGCGGAAUAGAGAAAGUAUUGAUUUUCAAUAAAAAUAUAAGUUUUUCCAUUCCGUUUGUUAAGUAAUAAAUCUUUUUUCGUACUUAUUUUUUUAAUUUAAUCAAAAAAACAAAAGAAACAAACAAAAAGAAACUGUGUUUGAAGUAAAAGCACCUUAUUUAUCUUAUUUGUCUCACACAACUACUAUCAACACAAAAAACUAAAAACAAAAAAAAAAUUAAAAAUGAAAUGAAAAGAAAGAAAAAAAACAACCGCCAAUAAUAGAAAAUGAUACAACAACAACAUAAACAACAGCAAUAACUGUCUCUAAACAAUAUUGUUUUGUUAUCAGUUUAUUGAUAUAGGAUGAUAAAAAUAUAAAGAAAAAAAAAAAAG